ACAAAAAUCCCCUCUCCCAUAUAUAAAUCUUCCAAAACCCUUUCUCUCACAUCAUUAUUCACACUUUCAGUUGGAAACAAAUUCCCAAUUGAUUCCAACGCUCAAAUUUUCCCAUGAAUCAAUUGAUUUUCCUCUUUUCACUUCUCCUUCCUAUUUUUUGCUAUGUUGAAGCACAAUCAUCCUCGGACCAGGACAACCCGCUCUUGCAACCUUCGGCCAACAAUUUCGAACCGAGCGUCGCGGUAGUAAUCAUAAUCGUGGCCAUAACACUUUUACUGACCAUAAUCGCGGCUAUGUACGCGAAAUUCUGCUACAGAGUUGGUUCAGUUCACGGCAAUCAACAUUUUCCAGACGGGUUGAUUAGACCCAGUCCGCGAUCUUCGGGGAUCGAUAAGAUAGUGAUCGAAUCGCUUCCGUUUUUCAAGUUCUCUGCCCUUAAAGGGUUGAGGGGAGGGCUGGAAUGCGCGGUCUGUCUUUCCAAAUUCGAAGAAAUUGAAGUUCUUCGGUUGUUGCCAAAGUGCAAGCACGCGUUUCACAUCAAUUGCGUCGAUCGGUGGCUUGAGAACCACUCCAGCUGCCCUCUCUGCAGGCAGAGAAUCAGCGUCGAGGAUUUAACGUACACGAAUAGCAUGAGGUUUUUGUCGAGCCAGUCGGAGGGGAGGAUGGACUCGAACGUGGAGCUGUUUGUUCAGAGGGAGGACAGUCGUCGGCACGGGUCUAUGAGAUUUGGCAUUGGAAGCAGUUUUCGGAAGUUCGAAAAGGGUGUUGUGAAGGAAGAUGAAUUCCCAAUCCAAGAAGACAGCGAUGGCGUUGGCGAAAACGAUAAGAGCUUGCAUAAGUUCAAUCACAAGAUAAUUAUGUCCAAUGCUGUGUUGAAGAGCAGGUGGAGCAAUCUUAGCUCCUCUGACCUUCUGUUCUUGAGUUCAGAAAUGCUUGGUGAUGUCUCAAGCAACAGAUUUUCGCCUUUGGACUCGAACAAACAAGGAAACCCGACGUCACAGGCGACCGAAGAGGGUGGAAUCUUGAAGAGUAAGGACGAGAUGGGGACGAAAAGCCAGGAUGAUUCAUACCCACUAUCAAGUGGUGCUAAUACUUUGAAUCCGACGAGGAAUUUGCAUCCAAACGAGAAGAGAUCGAUAUCGGAGAUAGUAGCUCAUUCAAGAUUCGACGAAUUCAAUAGGAGGACUAAUAAUAGUUUCAGGGAAUCCUCUGUUCCUGAAAAUGCUGUCCCGGAGGAAAGAUUGAAGAGGCUUUGGUUGCCGAUUGCGCGAAAAACAGUUCAAUGGUAUGCUAAUAGAGAUAAAAAGUCUCGACGGUUGAAUUACACAAGACAAUCACUGAAUGUGUGACUUCAACUAUUAGCAUCUCAAAAUUUUUGAUUUAUAGAUGUUUUGGAGGUAGAAAAACUUUGAUCAUUAGGAGAGAUUUCUUGUUUAGGUAGUGUUACUGUGUUCAACAAGAACAUACAUAUACGCCUGUUUGGAUUAUGACCGGCCAGGGUUUCUCAUGAACCCUCAUGAAAUGCAAUUUUCAAUAUUUCUUUUGGUUGAAAAUUUAUCGGGCCUGAUUUAUUUUGCUUUUUGAAAGUUUCUUUCACGAAGCUGUAAUAUCAAACAUUGAUUGCA